AUGGGCCUUCAACUCCGACCUGCAUUGGCUCCCGCCUUGGAUGUUUCGGGAUCCAAUGCUCCUUCCAGCUAUUGGGAAGAGCUUGCCGCAAAACACUGGCUGCGGUCAAUUCCUUCCAAGGUCAAGCCAGACCAGAUCAAGACUGCCAUUUGGGAUCAUCUGGAGCAGGAUUCCUUCUCAUUCCAUACUCUCGCUCUACUAGAGAAUGUGCAGAUAUUCGAGCGCUUCCUCUGGCCUACAUUCUCUCCCGACUCGUCCAACCACCAUGUUCUUCUCGUCGCCAUCUUCUUCAAUGUUAAACAGCGAGCCCACCUUCAAGACUGGUCUAUCUUUACAGGCCGCCCCGACCAUUUCUCCGUCCUCUUUCGCCGCGUACUCUCACUCAAUCUGGACAGUUCGCUCCCUAUAUUCUCCCGCCUUGCUCUCCUCAACUUCGUCAUCGGCGCGUUUCAGUCUCUCGAGAAUGACCACGUGCGCAAAGAGGCAGCUCCUCUUGUCUCGAUAGCCACCUGGCAUAAUCUCCAGGGCGAUGCAGUAAGAGAAAGACUAUUUGAGGCCCAGCCAGCCCGGAGGAAAGCAUGGCGAGCUGCACAACGGAGAUACGAUGCCGCAGAUCAAGAAACCCAGGCUCGCCUCAGGUUCGAUCGUGCAUGGCUGUAUACUAUGUUGCUCGACUUCCUCUCAAGAGUCAAUGCACCAAAGCUGUCAACAUCUCAGGACAUGAUUUAUUGCGAGCGCUUCACUGAGUUCAUCAUCGACCUCAUCAGCCAGCUUCCCACAAGACGUUACACGAAUCCUUUGUUGCAAGAUCUCAAUAUCCUUUCCGUCCUUCGUACGUCGACCUUUCACGCAAAACAAGAAGGUGCUCUUUUACGCGACCUUACCAAUCUAUUGGAACACUUCCAGAACUUCGCCAUCGAUGAUCUUGGAAACACCGAGUCUGGGCCCGAAGGAACACGCAAGGCUCAUUAUAAUGCACUAGCUCGCCUACAAAAAGUUGCCCUCCAACAUUUUGAGUCUAAGUUGAAGGUCCUUGCAUUCUCCAACUACGGUUCCAUCAACAAACGGAGUGAAUUACUGUCCCACUUUGCCACCCUGACAGACGCCGAGUUGCAGCACCUAUGCUCUCUUCUCGGAAUCCGCACUUCUUACCCAGCCUCGACCGGCUUGGGCGCCAAUCGGGCUGUCUUGCUCGAAACUCUUAUGUCUUCUUUCUCGCAGCCACGAAGCUUUCAGGACGCUGUCUCACAGCUGUCUGUUGUCCCGACUGAUUCCUCAAUCUAUGACCCUGCGCUCCUGCGUAACGAGAAGUACGACGGUUCUCGGCCCUUAGGUAUCCCAAAACUCAACCUUCAUUAUCUAACUUUAAGUGACUUUAUGUGGAGAUCAUUUCAACUCUACCAAGCCGAAGCCUUUUAUAGCAUCAGAAAAGAUAUUGAAAAUGUGGUCAGACGAUUGAAACCCAAGCCUAGUCGUGAUCGUGGCACACAAUUUGAAGGGUUUUCCAGAAUGGCUCUCCCUAUUGAAAAGCCAGCUAUAAUCGAGGUCGGCACUCCAAAGGUUGGAUCUUUGAAGCCGAGCUUCGUUCGAGCGGAAGUUGUUUUAGAUGUCAACCGCCUGAGCGAUAAUAUCCGAAAGGAUUGGGAUAGCCUUAGACCACGAGAUACUGUUUUCUUACUCUCAGUCAAAGCACCUGAGACCGAUCGACAGCUUAGCAACGGCCACCAUGAGGGAGGCACAGAACACUCGGAAGCCUUCACUGUGUUGAGAACUGCGGAAGUGGUUCAGGUAUUAGAUGAAAACAGCAGACCAUUGAGAGAUGUUCAGACAAAUGGUUACACCUCGAGACCACGAAAACGACGAUUGUUACUUGACUUGGACCCUUGGCCUUAUCCUUCAGACAAGGAGUCGAUAUCCAAGGGAAAGGCUGACGUUUAUUCUUCUAUCAAUGUCAUUGUACGGAGACAAGGUCGGGAGAACAACUUCAGACCAGUCUUGGAGACCAUCCAGAGACUAGUUUCCUCGAACACUUCUCUGCCAUCUUGGCUCCAAGAAGUAUACCUAGGAUACGGCGAUCCGUCAAGUGCCUCAUUCACUUCGUUGGCCAACCGGCUCGAGACUGUUGACUACCUUGACACUUUCCUCGAUUGGCAGCAUCUUACUGCGAGCUUUCCUGACAAGACUAUUGAGCCCAUGUCAGAACAAAGCUUGCCACUUGAGCCGCCCUUUGUUCUCAAAAUGGCUCCUCAAGUCACCGAUGAGCCCCUUAGAAAUCCUAAGAAACGUCGUCGCGAUGAGAUGGAGCAGGACUCAUCCUCGAUUAAUGUUUCAACCUAUAAGCCUAAGAACACCGGCCCAUAUCCGGUGGACACGCCUAAAAGGAACACUAUUCGAUUUACACCAAAACAGGUUGAAGCAGUCGUCUCUGGAACUCAGCCAGGUCUCAGUGUGAUUGUGGGACCACCAGGAACUGGAAAGACGGAUGUGGCUACCCAGAUCAUCAAUCUACUCUAUCAUAACUUUCCGUCCGAACGCAUUCUCUUGAUUGCUCACAGUAAUCAGGCCCUGAAUCAACUCUUUCAGAAAAUCAUUGCCCUCGAUAUCGAUCCCCGUCACUUACUUCGCUUAGGUCAUGGUGAAGAAGAUCUCGAUACUGAAGUGUCGUACAGCAAAUAUGGCCGAGUUGAAUCAUUCUUAGAUAAUCGCCAAGCUUAUUUGGGAGAAGUCAGUAGGCUUGCAGCUUCGAUCGGCGCUGAAGGGGCCCAUGGAAGCUCGUGUGAGACCGCGGACUAUUUCAAUCAAGUUCUUAUUAAGCCUGCUUGGACCAGAUUCUGGGACGCUGCUAACGCAGAGGGGGCUAAUGUCAAGUCCAUGCUUGCUGCUUUUCCAUUUUACAAGUUCUUCAGCAACGCCCCCGUGGCGACACUGUUUCCCUCGGAUAGUUCAUUGGACGAAUUGCGGGAUACUGCUUCCGGUUGCCAGCAUCAUAUCGACAAGAUUUUCUCUGAGCUCGAAGCCAUCAGGCCUUUUGAGAUUCUCCGAAACAAUCGAGACCAAGCAAAUCACCUUUUGGUAAAAGAAGCUAGAAUCAUCGCCAUGACAUCUACACACGCAGCGAUGAGACGAUCAGAAAUAGUUGAUUCCGGCUUUCACUAUGACACAUUGAUCAUGGAAGAAGCAGCGCAGGUCACUGAAAUCGAGUCUUUCAUACCCUGUGCGAUGCAAAACCCGAACCCAAGGACAGGAGAACUUCCCCUGAAACGGAUUGUGCUGGUUGGUGACCAUAUGCAAAAUUCUCCCAUCAUUCAAAACCUGGCAUUACGUCAGUACGCCAAUUUCGAACAAUCUCUGUUCUUGCGCCUUGUCCGAUUAGGUGUCCCUGCCAUCCACCUUGACAAGCAAGGUCGUUGUCGUCCAUCGAUCGCUGAGCUUUUCAAAUGGCGCUACGAAGACUUGGGUAAUCUACCACACCUGUCGCACAUCCCUGAAUUCACGCGGGCAAAUACUGGCUUUGGCUACGAUUACCAAUUCAUCGACGUCCCUGACUACCAAGGCCAAGGCGAGCGCGAACCAACGCCGCACUUCAUUCAAAAUCUCGGCGAGGCAGAGUACGCUGUCGCCCUGUAUCAGUAUAUGCGCCUGCUAGGAUACCCUGCGCGUAGCAUUUCCAUUCUUGCUACGUAUGAAGGCCAGCGUGCUCUUAUACAGGAUGUUCUCGCCCACAGAUGCAAGGAUAAGCGCCUCUUUGGAUUCCCAAAAAUUGUUACGACCGUCGAUAAAUACCAAGGUGAACAAAAUGACUAUGUCAUCGUCUCAAUGACGCGUACAAAGAACGUUGGAUAUCUACGGGACGUGCGCCGGCUGACGGUCGCAUUAUCUCGCGCAAGGCUAGGACUGUAUAUCCUAGGCAGGAGGGAUCUAUUCGAGAGCUGCUUCGAGAUGAAGCCCGCGAUGGAUCUCUUACUGCAACGACCGGACAAGCUGGUGCUUACAACAGGUGAAAUGUUUCCAACUCAGCGGGCCCUCGAAGACAACACGGAGAACACCACGGAGAUGGAGGGUGUCGAGCAUCUGGGCCAAUAUGUCUAUGAAAUGAGCCAGGCAAAGCUCAAGAGUCUUGGUGGAGGGGUUGCAAGUGGAGAUGAGAGUGAGGCUGAGAAUACUCUGGAUGCGGCGGGGGUUGGAGAUGAUGGCAUUGAAGGCGAAGACGAGGAAGGCCAAGAGGAAGAUCCGUUACAUGAGACGGCUGUUUGA